AUGCCGGGAGACGCUCGCCAGAAUUCCUUUUCAGGCCCAACUUUUGCUUCUUUGGAUCCCCGCAAUCACCGCAUUGACACACUCAUCAACGCUCAGGCUCAUCAGCCAUCUGCGAGUCCUUCAGCCUUUGACACCUCGUCUCCAGUGUCUCUCGACUUCAACUUCCCCUUUGGUGGCAGCCCCAACGACAGCAGUAGUGGCGGUAUCGAUGCGCCUCCCGAACUCCGCAUGCAAGGUCACGGCCAGUACUCCAACCGUGGCUCCAUCUCGGAUGCUUCGCGAGGGCCGGUGCCCAACAUGUCUCAACAGCAUCGUCACAGCCUGGCUAGCAUCGAUUCCGCUUUCGACCAUGACCUGCUCACUUCCGGUGCCUUGAGAAGCUGGAAUGCCGCUCACCCCGGUCACCCUCAUCAGAUAGUUAGCAAUCCUGACGACUCACCCAAAGAUGUAGAAGAAGAAAAUAAUGACCCUUCCGCACAGAAACCCAAUGAGCAGUCCCCUUCCGGAGGCGGCGCCAGCCUCGGCCUCGACCAGGACGACAACAAGCCCGCCUGGUCCGAACUCAAAACCAAAGCCGGGAAAGAACGCAAGCGCUUGCCUCUAGCCUGCAUCGCGUGUCGACGCAAGAAAAUCCGCUGCUCCGGCGAGAAGCCGGCUUGCAAGCACUGCCUACGGGCGCGCGUGCCCUGCGUCUACAAGGUCACCACCCGCAAAGCUGCGCCGCGCACCGACUACAUGGCCAUGCUCGACAAGCGACUCAAGCGCAUGGAGGAUCGCGUCAUCAAAGUCAUCCCAAAAGAAGAACUCCCCGACCUGUCCGCCACAGGCCGCGCCAGCGUGAAACCACCACUGCCAGGUUCCGCCAACGCCCCCAACACCGGCACACCCACGUCCGCAGGCGCGAAGCAGAAAGAUCCCGGGAGCGCGACAAAGAAGCGCUCCGCGACUGAGGCCUUCAACACCGAGCUCGCAACCUGGACGGGACCGAACCGGCGAUCCCACACCGUACCUCCGCCCUCCACAGCACUGACCGCGAGCGGCCUCGAAAAUAAGCUCUUCCUCGAAGGCGCCGACGCCCUACCCCCUCAGUCCCUACAAGAGCACCUCGCCGAAGUCUACUUUACCUCCUUGUACGGCCAAUCCUACCUGCUGCUGCACAAGCCCUCGUUCCUGCGCAAGCUACGCGCAGGGACCGUGCCGCCCGUACUAAUACUAGCCGUAUGCGCCAUCAGCGCCCGCUUCAGCACGCACCCCGCCGUGGCGACGGAGCCGGCAUUCCUGCGCGGCGAACAGUGGGCGACUCCAGCGCGCCGCAUCUGCGAGCGCCGCCACUACGAGCCGAACAUCACCGUGCUCAUCAGCAUGGUGCUGCUGGGACUGCACUAUUUCGGUACGUGCGAGGGUGGGCUUAGCUGGGGUUUCGGGGGCAUGGCGAUGCGCAUGGGAUAUGCGCUGCAGCUGCAUCGGGAGCUAGAGCGGGAGCCGAACAUGCGGCCUACAACAAGUGGGGCCCAGGGGCAAGGACAAGGGCAGGGAGCCGGACGGCAACUGCAACAGGGCCAUGUGCAGGGGAAUGGAUCGGGGCCGCAGGGUGGAGCAGGGGCCAACACGACGACAACGAGCAACGCAGCCACGAACACGAAUACUAAUACAUCAUCUAACACUAAUACCACCACCACUACUACUACUACCACCACCACCUCGGCCACGCCUUCGAAACCGACCACCCCCGAACUCUCCUUCACCGACCGCGAAAUCCGCCGUCGCACCAUGUGGGCCUGCUACCUUCUGGACACAUUCAACAGCAGCGGUACGGAGCGUCCCUCGUUCCUCUCCGAAGACUACUUCAGCAUCCAGCUCCCGAUCAAAGAGUCACAUUUUCAAAUGGAAAUUCCCGGCCCGACCGAGGACCUGGACGGCAACGUGCACAUGCCGCGGACGUCCAAGACCAAGUCGGACCCUCUCGCCGCGUCUGCCGAAGCCGCCGCCCUGGCCGCCGAAGCCAAAUCCAACAUGGGCGUCGCGGCGUACGUGGUGCGCGCCGUCGUGCUGUGGAAGCGCAUCGUCAAGUACCUGAACCUGGGCGGCAAGGCGCGCGACCCGCAUCCGAUCUGGGAUCCGCUGUCCGAGCACGCGUCGCUGGCUCGCCAGAUCAGCGCUCUCAAGGCGUCCCUGCCCGAAGACCUGCGCUACACGCCAGAGAAUCUGGCGGCGCACGCCUCCACGCAGUUGGCGAACCAACUCCUCCUCUUGCACAUCAUGCUCGCACAGAGUAGCUUGUUCCUGCACCGCUUCGCCAUUCCCACAUACCCCUCGUCACGCGCGCACCAUACGCCGCUGCUGGCAUCAGGGAUGCCCAAGCCGUUCCUGACCUCGGCCGCGCAGACCGUCAUCGACGCUGCAGCCGCCAUCUCUGCCCUCUUGGCGGAAAGUGCGGGCCACACGUUGACCGUACCGUUUGCGGGCUACUGCGCGUAUGCAUCGGCGACGGUACACGUGUGGGGCAUUUUCAGCCGGUUACCGAGUCUGGAAGCCAGCUCCAAGGAGAACCUGAGGGUCAACUAUCGGUACUUGACGCGCAUGAAGCGAUAUUGGGGCAUGUUCCACUAUAUGGCGGAGAGCGUAAAGGAGGCGUACCGGGGAUUCGCUGAUGCAGCGAGUCGGUAUGCCGGAAACGCGACUGCGGCGGGGGCGGCGACAUUAUUGAGAACCCGAAGCGCCGAAAGCGGCACCAUGGGGAGCGUGAGUCCCGGCUUGGAAGCUGUUUCGAGACAGGGCACGCCAGGGCAUACGCCGAGCCAUAGUGCGAGCAGUACGGGGGCUGCGACGGGAAAGCAGAUGUUCCAGUACGGCGAUUGGUUCGACAAGUAUCCGCACGGUGUGAGCGAGGCGGAAUGGGAAAGCAGCCACCUGGAGUUCCGGAAGGAUGGGGCGGGUGGAAGCGAGGCGGUGAUGAGCCAGCGGAGUGAGCUUCAGAGCGUUGAGGAGUUCUUUGCCAGCCUGAGCCCGCCCAGUAAGGCAGACGAAGCCAUGGGUGGAACCGCGCAGGGGGCCGGCAGAAACAAAAAGGUAGCCAGGCGCAGAGGUAAAAGUGUUGCUGAGAGCGCCGGAGACGCCACCGGAAAGCGAGGGUCGCAAGCUGCACCGCAGAUGCAAGGGCAGGCAGGUCAGCAACGUGCAAGUGUGUCGAUACCACCCGGGGCUCAGCGACCGGGAUUGCUGCGGCAGCCAUCGGAUCUGACGCUGUCAACAAACUUCCCUCAUGCCACCGACCCAUUCGAUUUGACAUCUCCGACCAUGUAUCGCACGCCACAGGUACCGUCACAGUCGCAAUCAGCGGCCGACCCCUUCAGCGCAACAUUCCCAUCUCCAGGAAGCGCCCAUCCCGGACAUGGCGGUCAGCAGUUUCCUUACAAUUUCAACCACGCGGUGCCGAACUUGGAUCGGCAGAUGGUGUUCGGUGCGUAUGCUGGCAUGGACCCGAGCGCCAUCACUAGUGCAGCAAAUGCAAGUGGAGGGACGACUACGUCUCCCGGCUCCACAUAUCCUGGUCAGUGGGAUCAGGCUGGUAUGGAUGUCAACGGCGGCUUCGGCGGCUUCGAUGGCAUGCCGGGCGGCUUCCAAGGCAACGUGGGCGGAACGGCAUGGUUCAUGCCAUUCAACAUGGAACCGCCGAACUAUGGCGCGAUGGGAGACGAGCUCGGCGGCGGAGCGCUUGAUGGGAUGGACUUCAAUUUCAGCCCGGACGUUGGUAUGGGGAGUGACCCCGGGGCCGCAGGCGAGCACAGAGGCAGUUUCUCCACACAGGGUGGGCCAGGAGGUCCCGGAUGA